GCGUGACCUUGACAGCUUAUGUUGACGUCGGUGCUCACUGACAUGUAUUUUUGUUUUCCUUGACUCAGAAUCGACACUUAGGUUUUACCAAACUUCGGUUCCAUCAGUCAGUACCAAGAAGAAAAAAUAUGCCUGUGAUAUUCCUAGAGAGAAUACCCUUGCCGAGUCUUCAAACGUAUUCGGCUGUGACUUUUGUUUUGCUGUCAAUCGCACUUUUGUAUGGACACCGGAAAGUUGUAGAGCACCUUCCAGAAGAAAUUCACGUUAGUGAUGACGGUGGUGCCGUGGGUAGUCCGAUGCCAGAGGUGCCCACGGAAGAACCCCGGGUUGACACGUCGUUUGAUCCCAAUGCAUUUCAUCAGGAAUACCACGGGGAUUAUGCCCAUAAUAUGGUCACUGCUUUGUUGGAUGAAAGUUGGUGUGUAUGGAUCUUGAUAAAUGUGGCAUACUGCAUUUUGAUUCUUAUUGGGAAACUCAUUCAACUUGGGGUGUUUGGGAACCUGAGGAUUAGUGAACAGGAGCACCUCAAGGACAAAUUCUGGAACUUUAUAUUCUACAAGUUCAUCUUCAUCUUUGGCAUCAUGAAUGUCCAGACCAUGGACGAGGUAUUCAGGUGGUGUGGCUGGUUCUCCAUUCUUUGUUUUCUACAGCUCCUGGCACAGCUCAGCAAGGACAGGUUUGAAUAUCUAUCUUUCUCGUUAAGCACACCAAGAUGGACCCAUGCCAAAGUUAUUAUCCUCCUAUCUGUCAUACUUGGUGCCUGCUUUGGUCUGCUGGCACUGAGUAUUUUAGUGGGACUAGAGUCUGGAUUGCAUGUGUUCUCAUUCAUGGCAGCAGAGUGUGCAUUGUUGGGAAUAAGUGUGGUGUAUGUCCUUAUCAGGUAUGCCAUUCAUCUGUGGGAUAUCCACCAUGAUGGAGUGUGGGAGCAGAGGUCCAGCUAUGCCUACUACACUGAGCUGGUGUGUGAACUCCUGUCCCUGGGCAUUGACUUCCUGCAUCAUCUACACAUGCUGUUGUGGAGUAACAUAUUCUUAAGCAUGGCCAGUCUGGUGAUCUGUAUGCAGCUAAGGUACCUGUUCCACGAGUUCCAGAGGAGGGUCAAGAGGCACAAGAACUACCAACGAGUGGUCAAGACUAUGCAGACCAGGUUCCCUAUUGCCAGUGCCGAGCAGCUGCAGGCCAAUGAUGACAAAUGCGCCAUCUGCUGGGAGAAAAUGAAAUCAGGAAGAACCCUGCCUUGUGGACACAUAUUUCACAGCUUUUGCCUACGUUCCUGGCUUGAACAAGAUGUCUCCUGCCCCACCUGUCGUGAAGCACUCAACUUUGAUGAGCACCGUGAGACUGCAGAACAAGGCAACAUCGGGGCUGCAGGGGACGCUGCCAAUGCACCAGCGCCACCUAGGAACAUCAACCAAACCACCAACCACUUCUUUCACUUCGAUGGCUCGCGUUAUGUUCGCUGGCUGCCAAGUUUUUCGGUUGAAGUGACCCACACGACAUUGAUGGAUCGUAACCUUCUGGCACGCCAGCGCCAGCAUGUACAGACCUCACAGAUGGACACUUGGGUCCGUCAAGUUCGUGAAGUUUUUCCAGACACCAUCUUGCCAGACGCCAUAAUACAAGAUGACCUCCACAUCACUAGGUCGCCAGAAAUGACCGUCAAUAAUAUUUUAGAGGGCAGGCUGCCAAUAGCAAAUUCCAUAGCAGGUAAUAAUAACAACAACCCAGCAGUAUAUGAUUCUGAUGACUCCUAUAGUACAGCUUCCUCUGUGAGUGAAGAUGUAGCACACAACUAUAGAGAUGAUAAUGUACCUGCUCUGUUUGAGAUACCUGAUGUAGAGGAGGAUGUUGGUGCUGCAGCUGUCAAUCCAGGAGGAGGAAGGUAUUCUAAAAAAUCCUCAGAAAGAGAAGAGUUGCUCAACAGAAGGAGAGAAGAGUUGAUAGAACAAGCUAGGAGGAGGUUCCAAUCAAAGGAAGCAUCUACAAGCACAGAGCAAGCUUCACCAUCAGACUUGGAGGAACCCUUGUCAAAUACACCCCCAGAAGCCAGUUUGGAAGUGUCCGAAAAUUUAUUAAGACAAAGACGUCAGCAAGCAUAUGAUGCAGCUAUCAGAAGAAUGAUGCAGCAUGAACCGCAGCAGUAGCAAUAGUAGCAGUGACAGUAAUGGUAUUUCAGACUUAAUUGCGUUUGCGCGCUUUUCCACAUUUUUGUUGAAGAACGGGUUGAAGGAUUAUUCAAAAUGGCAGCCACUUUUUUAUAAUUUAAAGAUUUCAUGAGGAAUAUUUCAUUUUUUAUGAAAUGGGCCAGGCUGUUUUGCAUGGUGCUUAAGUUUAUAUAACUGUUAAAAUGCUAUUAUCAAAACUAUUGAAGAAAGGCAUGAUCUAUUAUACAAGUUAUGUGUUAAGCACACAGAUAAAAUAUUUAACACAUAUACAGACUGACUGAUAUUUUAGUAAUAUGUAAAGCCUGUACAUAGAAAAGAAAAGAUGUAUAUGAUAUCAAUGAUAUUUUUCUUUAAGUCUUCAACUGAGGUGCAGGGGAAUGGAGUUGAGAUUUAACAGUAACGUAACGGUAUGCUUGUGUUAAAAAAUUGUAUGAUAUUUAUGUAUAGAUAAUUUUUUGCUCAUAAAUGAAAUCGUUCUUAUAAUAUCAUACGAUAUUUCUUGAUGGAAGAAAUGUCAAAUCCAGUAUCAUAUCUUUUGUAUUCUGAUAUAUUUAAAUUGUCAUCAGGUAAAGAAAUCUCCAUUCAGAUAUGUGUUGUUAUUAAGCCCUUUUUUGUUCUUACAAAACUUGGAAUUUAGUUUAUUUGUAAAGACAUACCUAUAUGUGAUGAACAAACUUAAACAGGGUAAAAACUUGAGUUUUUCAACAGUUUGGGUGUGACUGAAUAUCCACAGAAGUACAGAUUCAGCAUCAAAACAUUUCAACAACACAGAUCUGCCUAAUACUAUGGAAGAACAGAUUUGGCACCAAGUGGUUUGGUUUUUAAGGAGGUAAUGAUAGUCAUAGUCUUGCCCCCUGUCUCCCACGUGUCACCCUGCACAGUCAUUGUGACAGCAAUGUUGCGGCACAUGAGUUACACUUCCACACAAUUUGAAUAUGACAUAAUUACAGUGUAAAGGAUUACCAUUUGUCCAACAGGUUAAUACCAGUAAAUUUGAAGCCAGGCCAGUUAAACUCUGUUAAUUUGUCCAAUUACUGUUUCCGAAUUGUGUUAGUGGAUGCUUUGGUAUCACUUAGGGCCAGUAUAGGUUUUAAUUUUUCAUCACAGACUGGAUAUACAUGCAACAGUAUCCUGUUCGGUUAUCCAGGGCCUGCUUUAGAAACUAGACAGUGACUAAGGAAUGUCUUUACCUGCUGUAAUUGUGUCAGUCUUAUUUGGCUGGAAAAGUAGAAGCCUUCCAUCGGUUCAAAUUUCCUACCUCUGCACAGUGGAGAGCUGUACCAGUGAUGGUUUCCAGCCCAUUGCCAACCUCGCAUUUGCUACAGACAGCUUAGAAAUGCAUUAAGUGUAUUGAGGCGGUUGCAGAUUAGUUUAGUCGUCUUUAAUGUUGUAUUAGGAGUCUAAAGUCACUGGUAGUUUGUUGCCCAGCCUGACCUUGUGCCAGUGUACAAUUUUGUCUGGUUUUUGGAACACAAGUGAGAUUGAAUUACAAAGAAGAGAAUCAAACGGGGUGUAAAAAAGUAGUGCACUUGGAAAGCCAAAGGUUGAUGACUUUCAGAAGGGAGAUUUUCUGGUAGGGGAUUUUUUUUUUU